ACUUUGAAACUAUCAUCCCCACUCAUUUAGCUUGACUUUGUUGCAGAAACAAGAAAGACAAACAACUUAUACUUCUAUCUACCAAUGGUGACAGUGGCUCCAACCUCCCGGAAUCUAUCUCCGCCGGAUGCCACCGAACCUACUCCUCCCAAAAAGCUUGAUGCCGGAGCUCUAUUCGUUCUCAAAUCUCGAGGAUCAUGGUUGCACUGUGGGUACCAUUUGACAACUGCAAUUGUAGCACCAGCACUACUAAGUCUACCAUUUGCCUUGGCAUUGUUGGGGUGGGAGGGUGGCGUGACGGUGUUGGCGCUAGCCGGAAUCAUCACAUUCUACUCCUACAACCUCCUAUCCCUGGUAUUGGAACAUCAUGCCGAGCUCGGCCACCGUCAACUUAGGUUCCGUGACAUGGCCCAUGAUAUUUUAGGCCCGGGAUGGGGUCGGUACUAUGUGGGCCCACUUCAGUUGGGCUCGUGCUAUGGUGCGGUUAUUGCUUGUAUUCUACUUGGAGGGCAAAGCCUCAAGUUUAUAUACUUGUUGGCAAGACCAGAUGGGACCAUGCAAUUAUCCCAUUUUAUUGUGAUAUUUGGAAGCUUUACACUCAUUUUAGCACAAAUCCCCUCUUUUCACUCCUUGAGGCACAUCAAUCUAGUGUCACUCAUCUUGUGUUUUGCUUAUUGUGCAUGCACAACUGCUGGUGCAAUUUACAUAGGAAAUUCCCAUAAGGCGCCUCCUAGGAACUAUUCCUUGACUGGAGUUGGAAUAAAUCGAAUUUUCGGCUUUUUCAAUGCUAUUUCAAUCAUUUGUACAACUUAUGGAAACGGAAUUAUCCCCGAAAUACAGGCCACAAUAGCGGAGCCAGUGACGGGCAAGAUGUUCAAAGGGUUACUGGUGUGUUAUACAGUUGUGAUCUCUAACUAUUUUAGUGUUGGGAUUUCUGGUUAUUGGGCUUUUGGUAAUCAAGUGGAUAGCUCCGUUCUUCAGAACUUUAUGGUGGGUUCUAACCCAUUGUUGCCCAAAUGGUUUCUUCUUAUGACCAAUGGCUUUACUGUUUUACAAGUUGCAGCUUGUACUUUGGUUUACUUGCAACCAUCAAACGUGGUUUUGGAACGAAGAUUUGCAGAUCCGAAGAAGGGUCAGUUAUCGGCUAGAAACGUUGUGCCUCGACUAAUAACAAGAUCGUUAUCGGUAAUCAUCGCAACCACUUUUGCUGCAAUGUUGCCUUUCUUUGGAGAUAUAAUGGCAUUAUUUGGUGCAUUUGGUUGCAUACCUUUGGACUUUAUAUUGCCCAUGGUCUUCUACAACUUAACAUUCAAGCCAUCCAAAAAAGGUUUAGUGUUUUGGGUCAACACGGUGAUUGGUGUUGGGUCAACUGGUCUCUCAUUGAUAGGGGCCGUAGCCUCGGUGAGACAAAUCAUUCUAGAUGCAAGAACAUAUCGUUUGUUUGCUAACAUGUAGCUUUUGUUAUGAUUUGUAUGUGUCACAAGUUCUAAGUAGUUAAUCAAUAUGUAUUUAUUUCAUCUAUACGUGUAAGAAGAUAUGAUAUAGGACUAUAGGUGCAUGAAAAUCUUGUGAAGGGCGAAAUGUUAUCACUUGAUAUCAAUGUUGGAUGCACUUCGUUAUAUAUAUGCUUGUUGUUUGUUUA